AUGAUUUGUACUGGUAAAUCUAUGGAUCCGCCAUUAUCCACUGAACAAAUUUAUAAUAUUUUAAGAAAUAGAUUUAAUCCAUCAAUUGUUAAUGAGAAAUGGGAUGUAAUUGUAAUUGGAUCAGGUUUAUCAGGGUUGACAGUAGCAAAAAUACUAGCAACUGCAGGUCGUAAGGUACUUGUGCUGGAGCAACAUGAUCGAGCUGGUGGCUCAUGUCAUACUUUCAAACUUGACAAAUAUGAAUUUGAUGUUGGUUUGCACUAUGUACAAGAUAUGUAUCCCGGAAAAGAAUUGUAUCGCAUAUGUUCAGCUAUUACAGAUUCACAAGUUCAUUGGCAAAAAAUGGAAGAACCAUUCGAUACCAUAAUAAUUGGAGAACGAUAUUAUGGUCGAAAAACUGGAAAUAGUAUGCAUUUUCGUGAUCAGUUAAAAUUGUGGUUUUCAGAAGAAGCAGAUAGUAUCCACAGCUAUUUUGAUUUUGUUUUAAAAUGUCUUAAUAUUAAUUUGUGGUGGUUGACUGGCGUAAAACACUUACCACUUUUCUUCGUUCGCUUACUAUCCAAAUUCAGUUUGAUCAAUUUCUUUACCAAUUUAUUUAAAUAUUGCGAACUAAAUCUGAUAGAUGUUAUGAAGAGCUAUGGACUCAGCGAUGAUGUGAAAGCUAUUAUUAGUUAUUAUUUUGUUAAUUAUGGUAUUCCUCCAAAUCGUGCAUCAUUUCUUCAACAUAAUCUCUUUCUUAUGGAAAAUGGAUAUUAUCCCAUUGGUGGGGCAGCAUUUCUUAUUGCCAGCAUUGUUCGAUCGAUUCAAAAUUUUGGUGGAAAAGUGAUUGUGCAAGCAGAUGUGCAAGAGAUUGUGUUUAACAGUGGAAGGGUUAAUGGAGUAAAAGUGAAACAUGGCUCUUUUGAAUACAUCAUCCAAACUUCAUUGGUUGUUUCAACAGCUCCAAUUAUCAAGACAUUCAACGAGCUAAUACCUCAAAAUAUUGCUCGAAAUUCGGUUAUGUUUAAAAAGGUGAAUGAACUUAAUUCACUGGAGACUGUGCCGGUUGGUGGAUUUCAAGCAUAUAUUGGUUUAUCUGGAAUGCAAAAUAACCUCCGAUUACCGUCCAAUAAUUUUUUUUGGUACAAAAACAGUAAUCCUUAUGAGUUUGAUCAUUAUUUGAGUUUGUCAUCCUCAGAAGCAAUGGAAUAUGGCUGUCCAGCGCAAAUGUUCAUUUGCUUCCCAUCAGCCAAAGAUCCAACAUGGGAUGAACGAAAUCCUGGUACUUCAACAUGUCAAUUAAUUUCAAUAGCAAAUCCUGCUUGGUUCGAAGAAUUUAAAGAUACAUCGAAAAAGAAUUCCAUAAAACGAUUGAAUCGAGCAGAGUAUACUGAAUUAAAACAUGUAAUUGGUGAAUUGAUGUUAAGUCAAUUCUUGAAAUUGUUUCCAAAUCUUAAAUCACAUAUAGCAUACGUUGAAUUUUCAACUCCAUUAACUCAGCAGUAUUAUAUGCGAAAUGCAUAUGGUGAAUACUAUUCACUAACGCAACAAAUUGAUCGGUUUAAAUUGAAAUUCUGGAGUGAAUUGAGAUGCAAAACAGAUUUACCUGGUCUCUAUCUCUCAGGACAAGAUGUUCUCUUCUGUGGCAUUGCAAGUGUACUGUACAGUGGUUUAAUCACAGCUGGAAAUAUAUUGGAACGCAAUUUACUGAAAGAUCUGAAAGAAGCUUAUAAUGAACAAAUGGAUUGUGAUCGGAAAUAA